CAGUCGUUACCAUCAAUCAAUCAAUCAAUUUAUGUACAUUUUGCGUGUGUGUUAAUUGAAAUUGAAAUCGAAACAAAAUGUUUUCAAAAUUUUCAUUUACAAUUGUGGCAGUAACCGUGUUUAUAUUAUUGAUCAUCAUCGAUAAUAAUGAUGGUGCUAAUGCCAAACAUAUUUAUAUACGUUAUAAACGUUCAAUUGAACGUGAAAGUGAUCCAAUAGUUCCGUUGAAAGAAAGCACCGUAAUAGCACAAGGUGAUGAUGAAAAUGAUGUACAUCGUACGGUCAAAGAUUUUAGCAAUGAAAUUGCAACCAAUGAAAAAGGUGGUAAAGAUUUCUUUGAAUUUGAUUAUAAUCCACAAAAAGAUUUAUUUAAAUUUUCUGGCCACGUACCACAAUUGUUUGCCGGUAAUAGACAUUUACAAAUGUUUGAACAAAUGAUGCAACAAAUGUUGGCCAAUACACAGCAAAUGUUUCAAAAUUUUCCAAUGGCCACUUUUAAUAAUGAUUAUCCAGAAAAUUAUAAUGGCACCACUGAAUCGGAAGUGAUUAUUGGUGGUCGAAGAUUCCGUAAAAAAGAACGUGUCAUUAAUCAAACUGGUGAAGGUACACAGUUGAGUAUUGUGUCCACAAUUUAUGAACCAAUUGAAGAUGAUAAUGAAGUGACCACUAUGACACCGUUGAAUAGAGAAGGUGUUACCGAAGGACCAGUAAUUUCUUAUUAAAAAAAAAAAACAAACAAAAUUCUAUCAGAUCAUUGACCAAAUGUCUAUUUUGACCCAUUUUGUUUGCUAUUAAUAAUAAUAAUAAUAAUCUCUGUAUAAUAUAAUUUGAAAUGGAAACAAUAAAAUUC